UAGUUCCAUCAAAAUAUGGAACUUGAUUUUGGACAUUUUGACGAAAGAGACAAAGCGUCUAGGAAUAUGAGAGGGACACGGAUGAAUGGGCUCCCCAGUCCCACUCACAGUGCCCACUGUAGCUUCUACAGAACCAGAACCUUGCAGGCACUAAGUAAUGAGAAGAAGGCCAAGAAGGUACGUUUCUACCGCAAUGGGGACCGCUACUUCAAGGGGAUUGUGUAUGCUGUUUCUUCUGACCGUUUCCGUAGUUUUGACGCGUUGCUGGCUGACCUGACUCGAUCCUUGUCCGACAACAUCAACCUGCCUCAGGGAGUGCGCUAUAUUUACACCAUCGAUGGGUCCAGGAAGAUCGGAAGCAUGGAUGAACUGGAAGAAGGGGAAAGCUAUGUCUGUUCCUCAGACAACUUCUUUAAAAAGGUUGAGUACACCAAGAAUGUCAAUCCCAACUGGUCUGUCAACGUAAAAACAUCUGCCAACAUGAAAGCUCCCCAGUCCUUGGCUAGCAGCAACAGUGCUCAGGCCAGAGAGAACAAGGACUUUGUGCGCCCCAAGCUUGUGACCAUCAUCCGCAGCGGGGUGAAGCCUCGGAAGGCAGUGCGGGUGCUUCUCAACAAGAAAACAGCCCACUCUUUUGAGCAGGUCCUCACUGACAUCACAGAGGCGAUCAAACUGGAAACUGGCGUUGUCAAGAAACUCUAUACCCUUGAUGGAAAGCAGGUCACCUGUCUCCAUGAUUUCUUUGGAGAUGAUGAUGUAUUCAUUGCUUGUGGUCCCGAAAAGUUCCGCUAUGCUCAAGACGAUUUUUCUUUGGAUGAAAAUGAAUGCAGAGUUAUGAAAGGGAAUCCAUCUGCCACAACUGGCCCAAAAGCUUCCCCAACACCUCAAAAGACAUCAGCUAAGAGUCCAGGCCCAAUGCGUCGCAGCAAGUCUCCUGCUGACUCAGCAAAUGGUACUUCCAGCAGUCAGCUGUCAACGCCUAAAUCGAAGCAGUCUCCGAUCUCUACACCUACAAGUCCGGGAAGUCUUCGGAAGCACAAGGACUUGUACCUCCCGCUGUCACUGGAUGACUCCGAUUCACUGGGCGAUUCCAUGUGAAACCUAUCAUUACAGCAGAACACAUUCGCUCAAGUGACCAACAAGGCUAUUGGUGCUUAAACAUUUUUGUUAUUGUUGUUGUUGUUUUUUUUUCAAAAACACUCUGUAGUACGUAGGGUUUAUUUCCUUGUUGACUUCUCCUCUGGGCCACUAAUUCACAAUUACCAAUUAUGAGAGAUAGAUUGAUAAGCAUCCUUUUGAGUGACUUUCCAGAACUGCAAAAUGUGCUAGUUCAUGACCUUUCUACUGAAUGCUUAGGGGCCUUUGUAUUUUCCCCACUCAAUUUGUUCAGACACUAGUCUUUCUUAUGUGGAAGACUGUUUACAUACAUAUCACUUAAAAUGUUUGUGUGUGGGGGAAACAUUCAUAUGCAGAUCUAAAAAUGGAAAACCUAAGUGUCCCUUGCUUCUGUAUCUUCAGAAUGCUGGAGUAUCUCAGGAGCCUGGCAAGUCAGAUCCUUGGCCUCACUCUUUGCUCUUAACUGAGCCCCCAGUGUAUUGUCUAGCACGAAUCCUGUCCGUCAAGGAGGAGAAACACCAGCUACUUAUAAUGUGACACCAUGUGCUUAGGACUAUAGUAUAGGGUGGUAGCUGAAAGAGAUGAGGUAGAAUUGGGUGAAAAACUGCCCAGAUUUCAGUAGUAGGAUUUAUAAAGCACAGUAGAUUCCUGGUCAACCCCUCUGUUGGGGAAAUUUGGAAUCAAUAAGCAAUUGUUCAGUUUGAGUAAGUGAUGUCACA